AUGCCGCGCGAUGUGCUCAGGGAGAUUGCUCGGUUCUUGGGCUCAAGCCGAUAUGCCGGUGCAUCAACCGCGUGUAGGGCGGAGGAGGAGCUGGCAGUGACCUUGGAGAGUCCGCCGAAGCGCACGCCGCGGGAGUGGCCGACCCCGCAGACCCCGCAGACGCCGCCCGGGAGAAAGGCGCCGCGCGCGCCGCUCAGCACGCCGCCACGGGUGGCGAAGCCGGGCAGUCCCUCCCAGGCGUCCCUGGAGUCUUGGGAGUGUGUGGAGCUGGAGCUGGAUGAGAAGCUGAAGCUGUUGGACCUCACACAGGAGCUGAACAGUCUCGAGCAGUGCUUCGAUGCCUUCCAGCAACAAGGAUCUCAAGCACUUCACAGCAUCAUGCAAGAGGUUCAGGAGCUGCACGCCUCUGCCGUCCAGGCGCUUGAGCAGCAGGUGGAUUCAUCGCAGCUGUGCUUUGCCGUGCAAGCCGCCAGCGCACUGCAGGCCAGCCACUGGGCGGCUGCCGGGGCCGAGGCGGCCGCGCGGAAGUUUCAGAAGCUGGCGGCCGAUGCGGCGGAUGCGGCGCCCCUGGAGGUUGCCAUCAUUCCAGCAGAGCCUGCCUUCUCAGGCGGCUGGCCGCUCUCAGUUCGCGACGACGAGGCGUUGCUGGGGGAGUUGGUGCAGGGGCCCAUCAUGGAGGUGGCAAGGUCCUUUCCGGGGCAGAGCGCAUGGCCCAAGCAGCUGGAAGCGAAGGUGGAGCUGCGGCUGUUUCAGGAGGUGGGAUCCAUUCGGGAGUUGUUGAAGGAGGAGAGACGCCAGAGGCGCGGCCGCCACGACGAGCUCUUGCAGGCGGCCUCCCUGGUGCUGAAAGAGAUCGGCGGUCUCCGCUUGAUUUGAGUGAGGGGCGAAGUAAGUAGCCGCGACAAAGAAUAUCGUGGUGAGGUAGGAGGCUAACGCACACGUGUUAAAAAGGCACGGAUUCAUUGAGACUUG